AUGUCUGUUGCAGAGACUAAAACAACCAAUCCGUCUACUAGAAGAAAAAGAUUUGUUGGUGUAAAAAAUACUCAUUCCGCAUCUAGCAACACUAAGACAAACACAAGUGACAAAUUAGAAGAAUCAAAACCAGAAGUAAAUAAUAACAGUCUAGUAACAAAACCAAAACAUAGGACUAUCAGGGCACAUAACCCAGUUAACCAUAUUCCAGAGGAAAUUUUAAACGAUAAAGAAUUAAAUGAAGCCAUUAAAUUAUUGCCAUCAAAUUAUAAUUUUGAAAUUCACAAGACAAUUUGGAAUAUUAAGAAAUACAAGGCUACAAGAGUAGCAUUGCAAAUGCCUGAAGGUUUAUUGAUUUAUUCUCUAGUAAUUAGCGAUAUUUUGGAACAGUUUUGUCAAGUAGAAACCAUUGUUAUGGGUGAUGUAAGUUAUGGUGCAUGCUGUAUUGAUGAUUUCACAGCCAGAUCUUUGGAUUGUGACUUUAUUAUCCACUAUGCACACUCUUGUUUAGUUCCUAUUGAUAUCACUAGUAUUAAAGUUUUGUACGUUUUUGUAACAAUCAACAUUGAUGAAACUCAUUUAAUUAAGACAUUACAAAAAAAUUUUCCUCAAGGGAGCAAAAUAGCUGCUUUUGGGACUAUCCAAUUCAACCCAACAAUCCAUAGUAUUAAAUCAAUUUUAGAAAAUGAUGCAUCUCAUAGUUUAUAUAUUAUUCCCCCUCAAAUAAGACCAUUGUCGAAGGGAGAAGUAUUGGGCUGUACAUCUCAGAGAUUGGAUAAAGAUCAAAUCGAUGCAAUGUGCUAUAUUGGUGAUGGCCGAUUCCAUUUGGAAAGUGCUAUGAUUCACAAUCCAGAAAUACCUGCCUAUAGAUACGAUCCAUAUAGCAGAAAAUUUACUAUCGAAAAAUAUGAUCAGAAACAGUUGGUAGAAGUUAGAUCCGAAGCUAUUACCACCGCAUCCAAAGGCCAAACCUUUGGUUUAAUUUUGGGGGCUUUGGGUAGACAAGGCAAUUUAAAUACGGUUAAAGAUUUAGAAGACAAAUUGUUGAAAAGUGGUAAAAAAGUAGUUAAGAUUAUUCUAAGUGAGAUUUUCCCACAGAAAUUAGUUAUGUUUGAUGAAAUCGAUGUUUUCGUUCAGGUAGCCUGCCCUCGGCUAUCUAUAGAUUGGGGAUACGCCUUUAACAAACCUUUGUUAACUCCAUAUGAAUGCAAUGUAAUGCUACAGCAAGACAUAAUGUUCAAUGAGAAAUAUUACCCAAUGGACUAUUAUGAAAGUUCUGGAUAUGGUAGGGGUAAACAACCCGAGCACUCCUCUGAUUUUUUUUUAAAAUAA